AUGGAUGAAGUACACUACAAGCCGACCUGGGGUGGUUUGCCGUCCCCUACAGCUAAAGUGAGAAGAAAGCUUCUGCAAGAAUAUGGCACAACCUCUGCUGCUGUUGCUGGACCCUCGGCCACGACCUUUGCUGGACCCUCGGCCACAACCUCUGCUGCUGUUGCUGGACCCUCGGCCACUACCUCUGUUGCUGGACCCUCGGCCACUACCUCUGUUGCUGGACCCUCGGCCACUACCUCUGUUGCUGGACCCUCGGCCAUGACCUCUGCUGCUGUUGCUGGACCCUUGGCCACAACCUCUGCUUGGGCUACAACGACAACCUUGGCUUCUGUUGCCACACCAUGUGCAACUCCCACUGCAGAGCCAAGACUAUUGUCUGCCACAACAUCUACCCCUCUUGAGCAUGAUCUUGAUGCCCAAUCAGCAGGCAGUAGAGACCUUUGUUCUCCUCAGGAAGACUGCAAUGGGAAAUUAACAAAUGCAGGGGUCCAUCAAAAAACCCGGAUGGUGCUGGACGUAGACAACUUUUACAACAUGGCUGGCGAAUACCUUAGUUGCCCGAAGUGCUCCAAAAAGGUCAUCAGUUGGAGUGAGGGUAUACUGAAACAGCUUGAUAAUACCACCAGAAAUCAGUUUCCAUGCAUUUUAACUGCCUAA